AAUCAAUUUUGACAGGAAUGUGAAAUAGUAAAGUUGUAAUACUGUGUGAAUGUUUUAUUUAGUUUAGUUUUCUUCAUCUUUAAAUAUAAAAAUAGUUAUCGUCUUAUUUAUAUCAUUUCAUUUUUUAUGCAACAGAUAUGAUUUCAGGCUUUGUCGUAAAAUAUUUAGAUAAAAAGAAGAGCAUUUUUAACUUAUGAGAAUGUCUCCUUUGCCUAUGAGUUGGAUAAAAAAAACUUUUUUUUUAUUAAUAAUUUAACCUGCCAAAAUUUGGAGAUAAAAUAUUUUUAAUUUUUCUUGAUUUUUGUAAAUAAAACACACAAGUUAGCACUUACAUAUAAAGAACAAGGAUAAAUUUGAAUUCGCUUAUGAUAAGAUUAUUUUGUAGAAUAAAAACAUUACCUAACAAUUUAUAAGGCAAACUCGGACGAGAUCAUAAUUUCAUUUGAAUUUUACUCCAAACAUAAUGGGUGACGAAGAUGUGAUUCGUAGAAGACUUCUGAUCGACGGUGACGGUACUGGAGACGACAGGAGACUGAAUGUACUUUUAAAAACUUUGAUAAAAUGGUGCAAUACAACGGAUGACAAACCGGAAGAAAGUAAAGCUACUCAUGAUCGUAUGUUAGCUCAACUGGCACAAUGCGAAUUUGCUGUCACAAAAUCGCAACUCGGUUCUGAAAUGAUGGCUGCUGAAUUAAAAAGCUACGAAGCACUCUCGAAAAUUCUAGAAAGCGGAAUAGAGGUGGCCAAAGAGAACAUACAGAAGAGCAAAACAGAUUUAGCACAAGCAAAGACUGUCAGAAAAAACAGAAUAGAAUAUGAUGUCUUGGCUAAGGUUAUCAGUGAACAGCCUGAUCGUAAGGAAACCUCUGAGAGAUUGAGCACUCUGAAGACUGAACUAGCAAACUUGGAAACCACCAAACAGCAAUUGGAAAGUCGGUUAGCAUUACGAAAGAAACAAUUUCAUGUGCUUGUAACUUCAAUACAUCAAUUACAAGCAUUAUUAGAUGAACUAGAUGAUGCAGAGACUAUUUGUGAUGAUGUUGAUAUGAAAGAAAUAUCAAAUGAAUCAUAAUAAUGAGUGAUGUAUUAGAGUAUAAGAUUAUUUCUCUAUGUGAGAUUUCUAAUAAAGUAUGAAUUUUCUACUUGA